AUGGCUGCAACGCAGUCUGUAGCGCAAGUGCAUAUAUCAGCUGUCACUGCAUCACAGGCUAUUCGCAUGAACAAGAAAGAGGACGAUCCGAGCCAGGACGACAACGCCAUCCGUCCAAGAGCCGGGGGUUUUUGGAACAGGGCCUGCGGCUGCGACCGCCACCUUGAUCACGACGCCACUCGUGCGGCCGUUACCGCUCUGAUUGGCACGGUGCAGAGUUAUAAAGACCCUGGCCGCCCAAUCUUACCGCACGAAUCCAUCAUCGAGCGCAAUCACAACGUCAUGGCUUUCAUCGUAAACAAUGAUGAUAGAAAGGGAGAUCGAAUUCUUCGAAUAACCGCGGACGAAGUUCGGCGGGCCUUUGAUCACAUCUCAAAUAACUGUGGCUUAUUUGUAGCUGGGACAACGGGAGCAGAGAACACUUUUGCUAUUGGCUAUAUGCUGGAUAGCGACGGAGAGGAUUUGGUCAAUAGCAUGUGGAGGUCGGAAGCGGAUAAAUGCUGA